AUGCCCUCCUCCUUUGCAAGACAAGGCACCAACGCUCUCGUUCUCUUCCAGGGUGCGGCAGCAUUAGCCUCGGUUCUGGAGAACUUUGGCUCACCCCACGAGGCCCCCUCUCAUUGUUCGACGGGGUUGGGUAGUGACGAUGCGAUCUCGAUCUCGUUCAUCAUCACAGGCGACGCGUACCAUAUGUUACCUAUCUUGACGACAUCCGCCUCGUAUACGGGGUCACAAGGACAGGACACGACGUUCCCUAGUGCGCAAAUGUCCGCCCCCAGAGUGUCGGCAGUCGGCCAACGGUCGCAUGGUAGCAUGGUCGUGGAGAAUGUCACGUGUCUUUGUGGCGAUGUUGGCAUGUCAAUGUUGGCACUGGCCGUCGCCGGUGUGAGGUACGCAGGCGGCGUCGACGAGGAAUGCCAGUGCGAGGCCUUGCGAACCGACCACUCACGAGCCUCAGAAAUGGGGAUAAACUGA